CUUGGUUCUUCACGAUCUUGUGUUUGUGUAGCCCAAAACGGAAAUAAAAUGGCGUUAUACUGUGCAAUAUCGAAUGAGGUGCCUGAGGUGCCGGUGGUGUCUCCGUCUUCGGGGUCCGUGUUCGAAAGGCGAAUCAUCGAGAAGUACAUCAUAGAAAAUGGCGUCGAUCCCAUCAGUGGCAAGGAGCUGCGAGUUGAAGAUCUUAUUGAAAUCAAAACCCCUCCGAUUGUCAAGCCAAAGCCUCCGAGCGCCACAUCUAUCCCGGCCACUCUGAAGAGUAUGCAAGACGAGUGGGAUGCCCUCAUGCUGCAUGCCUUCACGCAGCGCCAGCAGCUGCAGACCGCUAGACAGGAGCUGUCUCACGCCCUGUACCAGCACGACGCGGCUUGUCGCGUGAUAGCACGUCUUACCAAGGAGGUGACGGCGGCGCGAGAAGCCCUCGCUACGCUCAAGCCGCAGGCCGGCAUCACGCAGCAACCUCAACACCCGACGGAGGCCGCAGCGGGCGGCGGCGGCGCCACGCCCUUGGGCAUGUCGGCGGAGGUGGUGGCGCGGCUGCAGGAGCGCGCCACGGCGCUCACGCAGGAGCGCAAGCGGCGCGGCCGCACCGUGCCCGAGGGGCUCGUCGGCCCCGACCAGAUCCGAGCCUUCCUCACCGUGGCCAGCCAUCCUGGCCUCCACUCGGCCAGUGUCCCAGGUAUCCUGGCCCUGGACAUCAACCCGACGGACCACAGCCGCAUCCUGACCGGAGGCAACGACCGCAACGCCACCGUCUUCAACAAGGACACCGAGCAAGUGGUCGCCAUCCUCAAGGGACACACCAAGAAGGUCACUCGGGUCAUCUACCAUCCCGACGAAGACACCGUUAUCACGGCCUCGCCUGAUCACACCAUCCGUGUAUGGAAUGUGCCGACAUCUCAAACAACGGUGAUCCUGCGCUCCCACGACGGCCCCGUGACCGGCCUCUCCCUGCACCCCACCGGCGACUACGUGCUGUCCACCUCCACCGACCAGCACUGGGCCUUCUCCGACAUACGCACCGGCGCGUUGCUCACCAAGGUGGGCGACUCCUCGGGCGUCAGCCUGACCACAGCCCAGUUCCACCCCGACGGCCUGAUCUUCGGCACCGGCACAGAGAACUCCCAGGUCAAGAUCUGGGACCUGAAGGAGCAGAGCAACGUCGCCAACUUCCCCGGACACGUCGGCCCCGUCACAUCCAUCUCAUUCUCCGAGAACGGUUACUACUUGGCCACCGCCGCUGAAGAUGCCUGUGUGAAACUAUGGGAUCUGCGUAAGCUUAAGAACUUUAAGACUAUACAGCUGGAUGAAGGGUAUGCUAUUAAGGAGUUGUGCUUCGAUCAGAGUGGAACUUAUCUGGCGGUAGCCGGGUCGGAUGUGCGCGUGUACUUGUGUAGGCAGUGGCAGGAGCUGAAGGUGUUCAAUGAGCAUACGGCGGCCGCGACCGGAGUCAGGUUCGGUCGACACGCGCAGUGCCUGGCGUCUACUAGUAUGGAUCGUACGCUUAAAUUGUACGGUAUUGAGUAAGUUUAUUGUGGUAAAAUUCUGUAGGGUGUUGUUUAGCAUUGAAAAU